AUGCCGCCUCCAAUGAUAUGCACGACGAGUAAUGGGGCCCCGAUGCCUCGCUUCGGGCUGACAGCGUCUGCGACUGCCGGGUCGACGGGGCCAAUUCUGCUUCAGGACUUCGAGUUCAUCGAUCAUCUUUCGCAUUUCGAUCGCGAGCGUGUGCCGGAGCGCGUUGUGCACGCCAAAGGAGGCGGGGCUUUUGGCUACUUCGAGAUGACGCACCCGGAGAUCACCGAGUACACGUGCGCCAAGAUGUUUUCGGAAGUGGGCAAGCGCACUCCUGUGGCUGUGAGAUUUUCGAUCGUCACCGGGGAGUCGGGCAGCGCCGACACGAUGCGGGACCCACGCGGUUUCGCCAUCAAGUUCUACACCGAAGAGGGCAAUUGGGACCUGGUCUGCAACAACACGCCUAUCUUCUUCAUCCGGGACCCGAUCCUGUUCCCAAGCUUCAUCCACUCGCAGAAGCGCCUGCCAGCUUCGCACCUCAAGGACGCCAACAUGGUCUGGGAUUUCUUCUCGCUGCGUCCGGAGUCGCUACACCAGCAGACGUUCCUCUUCUCGGACCGCGGCAUCCCGGACGGCUACCGGUUCAUGAACGGCUAUGGCAGCAACACGUUCGCCAAUGUGGACGCGGAGGGCAAGAUCACGUACGUCAAGUACCAUUUCAAGACGGACCAAGGCAUCCGCAACAUGCCCGUGGACGAAGCCGCGUUCCUCGCUGGAGCCGACCCGGACUACGCCAACCGCGACCUGUUCGAAGCCAUUGAAGGCGGCGAGUACCCGACCUGGACGCUGUACAUCCAGACCAUGACGCCCGAGCAGGCUAAGAAGAACAAGUUCCUCGCCUUCGACGUGACCAAAGUGUGGCCACACGCCGACUUCCCGCUGAAAGAGGUUGGGCGUCUGGUACUCAACAAGAACCCGCGCAACUACUUCGCCGAGAUCGAGCAGCUCGCCUUCGCGCCCUCGCACAUGGUGCCGGGUAUCGCGCCGUCGCCCGAUAAAAUGCUGCAAGGAAGACUGUUCUCGUACCCGGACACGCUGCGCCACCGACUGGGCAAGAACUACCAGCAGAUUCCAGUCAACCGUCCGUUGAACGAGCCCCAGACAUACCAGCGUGAUGGUCCUUUUGCUGUGAACGGAAACAUGGGCGAUACGCCAAACUACUUCCCGAACAGCAUGGGGGGACCGCAGGAGGUUGAGUCGCUGCGCUACACCACGUACGACGGGGAGCACACGGUUGUGGACAAGUACUCGUCGGCGUUCGAUGACAACUUGACUCAAGUGCGCGUGUUCUACCGCAAGGUGCUGGAUGAAGAUGCCCGCGAGAGACUCACGGACAACAUCGCCACCUCGCUCGUGAACGCGUCCAAGCCCGUGCAGGAGCGCACGCUCAAGAAUUUCAAGGACGUGGACGAGCACUACGCGCGCCGCGUGAAGGAGAAGAUGGACCAGAUGCUGACGGCCAAGGAGUCUGUGGCCCAGUCCAAGAAGCACAUUACGGCGCCGCUCAACCCGCCACGCAAGGGGUUCACGCCCGUGGCUCCGUAA